AUGUCAAGAAGACGAACAAGAAGUGAUACUCGCCUGGUUGGGAAUACGGCGGAGGUGGAGUCGGAGUCAGUUGCAAGGGGUCAUGAACCACCACCGCCCCCGCAGUAUGUGACGCAGAGUCAAUUCAGCGCUUUGGAAAACCAGUUGGCAGCAAUGAUGGUGCUUUUACAAGACCAGUCGCAGAGAACCACCAUCCCUCAUUUAAGCCCGACGGAAGUGACGAAUCAACAACCGCCUCAAGUGCCACCGGCGGUUGUCUCACCCACCUCUCAGCGGGGAGCGGGAGACGCUGGAGCCCCAAUGACCGGAGCUCAACAGCCCCCGCAAACCAUGGUAGACUUGGAACGAAAGAUGGAAGAAAUCAAGUCACAGAAGAUAGACGAUGCGUUGUCCAAAAGGAAGGAUAGGCGGAGACAGAUGGUUUUGGAGGAAGACCCGUUCGCCCCAGAAAUCAUGGCGGUCCCUUUGCCUAAAGGCUUCAAACAGCCCAUGAUUGAAGCCUAUGAUGGAGUCACGGACCCGCUUGACCAUCUACGAACCUUCGUGGAUCUGAUGAGACUUUAUGCCGUCCCGGACGCCGUGAUGUGCCGAUCCUUUCCCCCCACGCUCAGGAGGGAGGCUAGGGACUGGGUAGCAACCUUGGCCCCGCACUCCAUCAAGUCAUUUGAUGAGCUCUCCAGGAGCUUUGUGGCUUAUUUCCUAAGCAGUAAGAGGAAGAGGAAGACAACCAUUGGGUUGAUGCAGGUUGUACAGGACAAAGACGAGUCAUUACAGGAAUACUUAGUCAGGUUCAGCCGGGCGACUCUUGGCAUCAGAGACCUGCAAAUGUCCGCAGUGGUUACAGCCUUGAUGAAUGGAACGCGAAACCGGGCCUUUAAGAUGUCACUCUCCAAGAACCCCCCGGAGUCGAUGCAUGACCUAUUAAAGAAGGGAGACAAGUAUGUCGAUGCGGAGGAAGCGGAGAAGGUAACUAAAAAUCUCAGGGAUAGAAGGGAGACGGAAGCUAAUAAGCGAAAAACAUAUGACGAGCAAAAGCACAAUGAUAAAAAUAAGCAGAAGAGUGAACGCACGAGCAAGGGUUAUGUCCAAGAUCGAUCAGUCAGGCAAAAACGAGAGGAGGUCAAGACACCCACCCCUUUGAACAUUCCACGAACAAAGUUGUUGAUGGAGAUUCAGCAAAUGAAGGAGCUCGAAUGGCCCAAACCAAUGCUAACCCCUUCGGGCAAGAGAAAUCAAAGUAAAUACUGCCAUUUCCAUAGAGAUCACGGGCAUGAUACCGAAGAAUGCCUACAGUUAAAGGAAGAAAUUGAGAGCCUGCUGAGACGGGGGCUAUUGGCAAAGUAUGUGAAAAAUGAUAAGAGUAGGCAAAGGGUCGAAGGCAUACCCCCACCAAGAGCAGGAGUGAUAAACAUGAUCAUCGGAGGAGUAGCGUCGGGCGGCGACUCAAAUUUAGCUAGGAAGAGUUAUGCGCGUUCAUUAAGGGUCUGCUCUAUACAGAAAAAAGCAAGAUUCAACCAGAGUAUAACUUUCGAUGAAGAGGACUUGAUUGGUGUAACUCACCCCCAUGAUGACGCCUUAGUAAUAGUAGGCGAUAUUGCGGAUUUUGACGUGAAGAGGGUAUUAGUCGAUGGAGGGAGUGCGGGGAAUGUCCUCACCUGGGAUGCCUUGUUGGGUCUAAAAAUCCCUCAAGAAAGGUUGAAGGUGGUGACUACCCCCCUACAAGGCUUUGGAGGGGCAACGAUUAUACCGGAAGGGACUGUAAAGCUUUCAGUCACGCUUGGGACAUACCCAGCGACAGUGGUGAUCGUGACUAAUUUCUUGGUUGUCAAGACCCCCAUGGCUUACAACGCUAUCUACGGUCGGCCGUUGCUAAAUGCAACUGGUGCGGUCCUAUCGACAUACCAUCAAAUUAUGAAGUUCCCAACCAGCAGGGGGAUCGGGAGUGUGCGAGGAGACCAGCAUGCAUCAAGAAAGUGCUAUGUGGAUAGUAUACAAGCCGAAAGCCCACCAUCAGUCAUGAUGCUGGAUGUAGAACUCCCGAGGGAGCGGAUCGAGCCUCUUGAUAUGAUUGAAAAAAUUUUUAUUGACAAAGGAAAUGAGUUUCUUGAUAUCCCGGGGAUUAGCUCAACUGUCGCGCAGCACCGCCUCGGUGUCCAGCCAGGGGCUAAGCCAGUGAAGCAGAAAAAGAGAAACCUUGCCCCUGAGAGGCAGGCUGCGGCCAGAGCAGAGGUGGAAAAAUUGCUACAGGCGGGUUUUAUCCGAGAGGUGCAAUACCCUGAGUGGUUGGCAAAUGUUGUACUUGCGAAGAAGUCAAAUGGAAAAUGGCUCAUGUGUGUAGACUAUACUGGGUUGAACAAGGUAUGCCCAAAAGACUCAUACCCACUUCCCAGAAUAGAUCAACUGGUGGACGCAACGUCGGGUCAUGAAAGGCUCAGCUUUCUAGAUGCAUUUUCGGGGUAUCAUCAAAUUUCAAUGGCCGAGGCCGAUCAAGAGAAGACGUCAUUUAUCACGGACUUCGGCACGUACUGUUACACAGCCAUGCCAUUUGGCUUGAAAAACGCAGGAGCGACGUAUCAGAGGAUGGUGAACAAAGUCUUUCGUGGGCUAAUCGGGGAUGUCGUAGAAGUCUAUGUUGACGAUAUGGUGGUCAAGAGUGCCAGAGCCAAUGACCAUGUGGCCUGUUUGCAAAAGGUGUUUGACGUUGCCCGACAAAGCAGAUUAAGGUUCAAUCCAGAGAUGUGUGUUUUUGGUACCGCAGGUGGAAAAUUUCUAGGUUUCAUGAUCACGCAAAGGGGCAUCGAAGUGAACCCGGACAAAAUUCGGGCAAUCCUAGAAAUGAAAAGCCCCACCAGCAGGAAGGAGGUUCAGAGGCUGACGGGACGGGAAUGCGAAGAGUCUCUUAGGAACUUGAAGCAGUCAUUACAAGAGCCCCCGGUCUUGACCAGCCCAUCUCCUGGGGACGUGUUGUGUCUCUACUUUGUAGUAUCACCAAAGGCAGUCAGCGCGGUCCUGGUGAAAGAGUUCUCGAAAGCGCAGAAACCAGUCUACUAUGUGAGCCAAGUAUUGAGGGGUGCAGAAAUAAGAUACAGCCUGACUGAACAGCUGGUGUUUGCAUUAAUUGUCGCGGUCAGAAAAUUGAGGCCUUACUUUCAGUCUCACACGGUGCAAGUAAUGACUGACCAACCUAUCAAGCAGAUUCUAUAUCGGCCCGAGACCUCUGGGAGGUUGUUAAAAUGGGCCAUCGAGUUAAGCAAGUUUGAUAUCGAAUUCAGGCCAAGGACAGCUAUUAAGGCACAGGCUUCAGCAAACUUCAUCAUUGAGCUCACCACCCCGCCCGAGCUCCCACCAGGGGAGCAGGCAGAUUGGAAAAUUUUUGUCGAUGGAUCUUCAAAUGACGAAGGAUCCGGGGCGGGGAUCAUAAUGAUAGGUCCGAAUGAAGAAGAGUUGGAAUACUCACUGCAUUUUGAAUUCCCAGCAACAAAUAACGAGACCGAGUACGAAGCAGUAAUCACGGGUUUGGGAUUGGCAGCCAGACUCGGGGUAACCUCAGUGGAAGUUUGCAGCGACUCUCAGUUGAUAAUCGGGCAAGUGACGAGGGAAUUCGAAGCAAAGGACGGAAAGAUGGCUGCAUAUUUAAUGGAGGUCAAAAACUUGCAGAAGGGGUUCACUAAGUUUAAGAUAACUAAGGUCCCUCGAAAGGACAAUGAGCGAGCGGACGCGCUGGCUAAGCUCGCAUUAGUCAACCCCAGACGACUGUCUCGCACAGCCAGCGUGCAAAUUCUGCGACAACCUAGCAUCCAACACGUAAUCGAUGUUAUGAAUGUAGAAAAUGAGGAAAGUUGGAUAAACCCGCUGUUUGAGUAUCUCACAAAGAAUAAAUUGCCGAAGGAUGCUCUCACAGCCAGAAGGCUAAAAGUUCGGGCAGCCUCGUUUGCCAUCAUCGAUGGGCAACUCUACAAGCGAGGCUUCACAAUGCCAUAUUUGAAGUGUUUGCGACCGACAGAAGCACAGGAGGUGCUAGUCGAAGUACAUGCGGGAAUUUGUGGCAACCACCAAGGGGCGACUACGCUUGCGUUCAAAACGCUUCGACAAGAAUAUUAUUGGCCCAGAAUUAAGGAAGAUGCUAGAGAGUUGGUGAGAAAAUGCGAUGCAUGCCAACGCCAUGGAAAUCUGAUCCACAUUCCGGCCGAGCAACAGACGGCAGUUUUCGGGGUGUGUCCCUUCUUCCAAUGGGGGAUGGACAUCUUGGGACCUUUGCCCCUGUCAAAAGGACAAAGGAAGUUCUUGUUUGGUAUACCUCGGGUAAUCAUUACAGAUAAUGGAAAGCAAUUCGAUAAUCACAGUUUUAGAGCCUUUUGCACCAGCUACCACAUCGACCACAGGCUGACUUCAGUUGCUCACUCGCAGGCAAAUGGGCAAGCAGAAGUGACCAACCGAACCAUACUGUGGGAUUUGAAGACAAGAUUAGAAAAAGAAAAAGGACUUUGGGCUCAGGAGUUGCCCAAUGUACUAUGGGCAUAUCACACUACCCCCCGAGAGUCGACCGGGGAGACGCCAUUCAAACUGGCCUUUGGGAUGGAAGCCAUGGUUCCGGUUGAGAUCUUAAGCGAGACAGGAAGGAUGAAAGUCAAGCAACCCGACGACGCAGCAACUAGGGGAGAACUCGACCUCCUCGAAGGGGUAAGGGACAAGGCGGCGAUAAGAAUGGUGGCUUAUAAACGAAGAGCCGCUGAGUACUUCAACCGGAGAGUGAAGCCAACGGUCUUCCAGUCAGGAGAUCUCGUUCUAAGAGAUGCAGCAGCGGUAGGACACCCCCCACCAAAGCUUGGUCCAAACUGGGAAGGCCCGUACGAAGUAAUUCGCAGGCUGGGAAAGGGAGCUUACAGCUUGAAAGAUAUGCAAGGAAGGCCGCUAGGUAGACCAUGGAAUGCAGAACAUCUCAAAAAGUAUUACCAGUAG